AUGAGCAGGAGUGACUCAACCACUUGGCCCCUGCCCCCCCACCCCACCCCCCGGCCUCCGAGCUCCAGCUCCUGCCUGCGCUCUUCCCUCCUUCCCGCCUUCCGCGGGAGAAACUUGGCCGGGAGCAGCGAGGAGGCGCCAGACUCCGGGCGAGGCGUGGUGAUUAUGGAUGAUUGGCCAGGGUAUGAUUUGAAUUUAUUCACAUACCCACAGCACUAUUACGGAGAUUUGGAAUAUGUCCUCAUACCUCAUGGCAUCAUUGUGAACAGAAUUGAGCGUCUGGCUAAGGACAUUAUGAAAGAGAAAGGACACUGUGACAUUAUGGUCCUGUGUGUGCUGAAAGGAGGUUACAAGUUCUGCAUGGAUAUUGUAGCACACCUGAAGAACACUGGUCAAAAUUCAGAUAGAUUUGUCUCUAUAAAGGUAGAUUUCAUCAGAGUAAAAAGUUACAGGAACGGCCACUCCAUGGGCGAGAUGCAGAUAAUUGGAGGCGAUGAUCUCUCAUCACUGGCUGGAAAGAAUGUUCUCAUUGUUGAGGUAGACCUUAUUGCCAAGUGCAAUGCUGGUUUUGAGAUUCCAGACUUGUUUGCGGUGGGUUACACCUUAGAUUACAAUGAAUACUUCAGAGAUCGGAAUCACAUAUGCAUGAUCAAAAAACAUGGCAAAGAAAAGUAUUGA